AUGGGCGUUGUACCUGGAAGAUGCGUUGAUUGGAGAGCUAGGAAGAAAUUCGAAUGCGGAUUCGAUGCAGAGCGUUAUCGGUUGAGCAGAGCACAAAGAGCAGAAGGCUUGCUGAUUGGUUUUUGUUCAAUCCGUCCUGAAGAGCCAUCACAAUGCCAUUGUCAGGGAACAAAGACCCUUCUCUGGCGCAACGCUCGCAACUUGCUUCGCCAUGCGACUCUUGCUUUUAUAAAUAUAGCCUCUCAAUUGACGCACCCUGUUGUUCUUCUUUCAAACCCCCUCACCAGCCACCCAUCAACAACCACAACCCAGCAAAAAGACAACCAGCAAAAACCCCUCACCUCCACCAAAACAAACAAAAAGAGCUCUGAAUCCCGUCAUCAUGAGCGACCCAACACCCGCAGCGCAGCAGCCUCGCCUCCCCCCCUCAACAGCCUCAUCCGACCCGCCCACAUCCUCUCCCUCUUCCGCCACCACGAGCAGCGCAAAACGCACUACUUCGACGGCUGCAGCCAGCUCUGGAACGCGAUCCUGACCAACCCCCAGGACUCGCCCGCCCACCGGCACGCAUACCGCCAGCUGACCUCCCUGACGCAAACGAUCAAGGACGCCAUGGCCCGGCAGAAGGCAACGGAACGAGAAACCGCGCGGCACGCCGAGCGGUCGCGGCAGGAACGCCUGCUCGUGCUGCAACGGCAGCGGCAGCGGGUCGCGAGGGAGCAGUCUGCGUUCCGGACCCUCGUGCGGCAGGUCGCGGGCGCGGUGCCCGUCCCCAGCCUCGCCGACUUCGAGGCCGGCCUUUCGGCUUUCCACCCCGGGGCCGCGGUCGGGUCGGGGUUGGACGACGGCGGGAUGCGGAGCGCGCGGGGGAUGAUGUCGAGACGGCGCUCGGGUUGCUGGAUGUCAGUACGGAGAGGGCGGGUGAGGAGGAUGUGUACGCGGGGUUGA